UCUAAGGAGAGAGAAGAAGAGGAAGAGCUUAGAACAGCUGAGAAGAGCGAAGAUGUCUGGUCGCGGCAAGACAGGUGGGAAGGCCAGGGCAAAGGCGAAGUCCCGCUCCUCCAGAGCCGGGCUCCAGUUCCCGGUGGGAAGGGUGCACCGGCUACUGAGAAAGGGGAACUAUGCCGAGCGGAUCGGAGGUGGUGCCCCGGUGUACCUGGCCGCUGUUCUGGAGUACCUGAGCGCUGAGAUUCUGGAGCUGGCUGGCAACGCCGCGAGGGACAACAAGAAGAGCCGCAUUAUCCCGCGGCACCUGCAGCUGGCCGUCCGUAACGACGAGGAGUUGAACAAGCUCCUCGGCGGCGUCACCAUCGCCCAGGGCGGGGUGCUGCCUAACAUCCACGCGGUGCUCCUCCCCAAGAAGACCGAGGCUGCCCUGCACGGCGGGGCCGUCGCCGCCAAGCCUACCGUCGGGGUGCCUAAAGCGGCCAAGGCGCCCAAGGUGGCCGUCAAGCCUACGGUUGCCCCUGUCGCCGUCAACUGAGGAAGGAGAAGGAAGAGGAAGAAGCAAAGCAACCCUGCCCCGGGGGAAAACUGAGACCCAAAGGCUCUUUUAAGAGCCACCCCACGCGCUUCCCGGGAAGAGCUGAUAUG